AUGGAGAACACCGCCGCGAACCCUUCCGCUGCGGCCGCUGCCGCCGCCGCCGCUGCGGCAGGGAACGGCGUCCAAGCAUCGGGGACCGGAGGGGAGCGCCCGGAGGACGCGUCGAAGCAGAACCUGGCGCAGGUGACGAGCUCGAUCCAGAAGACGCUGGGCCUGCUCCACCAGCUCAACCUCACAGUCUCCUCCUUCAACUCUGCCUCCCAGCUCCCCCUCCUCCAGCGCCUGAAUGCGCUCGUGGCCGAGCUCGACACGAUGCAGAAACUCGCCGAGGGGUGCAACAUCCAGGUGCCCAUGGAGGUCGUCAAUUUGAUCGACGAUGGGAAGAACCCCGACGAGUUCACUAGGGACGUGCUCAACAGCUGCAUCGCCAAGAACCAGAUCACGAAGGGCAAGACUGACGCUUUCAAGAGCCUACGGAAACAUCUUCUUGAGGAGCUUGAACAAGCUUUCCCUGAGGACGUAGAAGCAUACAGGGAGAUACGUGCUACUUCUGCUGCUGAGGCAAAGCGGUUGGCUCAGUCCCAUCCGGGUACUUUGCCUAAUGGAGAUGUUAAAGUGAAAGCUGAGCAUUGA